UUUGGAAUGUAUAUCUUUUUAUCUGUGCAAAAAGAUUUUAAUGAUAAAUGUAUCCAAAUAACUAACCAUACUGAUUAAAAGAACGACCACCUAGCAAAGAUACGACAGCACAGAUACUAUCAAAGACAAUACGGUUGAACUAAAAAUAUUAACAAAAACAACAAUAAUAACAUAAAGAGUUUUUUCGAACUUUAAAAUCUUUCAAGUGUUUCUUAAAACAUAUCAAAUUGUGCAUAUUUAAACUUAAUUUACAAAAAUAUUGGGUGCAAUAAGAGAAACAUUUAUUGAUGUUGACAACUAGAAGUAAAAUUUUAAACAAUGAGCUUAUGUUAUAAUUAUAAUAGUAUAGAUGUAACAGGACUCUUGGUAUGACUAUUCGAUGUAACAUGUUGCAUUUUGGCAAUGGAAUACAAGAUAAUUACUAUUAUAUCAAAAGAGAUUCAAUUAGAUAAAGAAAGGAAUCAGUGUCAUUUUUUUUAUAAUUUUCCUAACAAAGGAAGACGGUCAUGGCUGAGAACUCGGAAAGUAAAAAAUAUCCUUUACAUAAAUGCGUAUUUCAAGGGGAUGUUAAGACUUUAAGCUCUUUAAUCAGAAUUUAUGAUAUCGCAGAAAAAGACAAGCAAGGAAAUACGCCAUUACACUUAGCUGUUAUGUUAGGAAGAAGAGAAUCAAUCCAGUUGUUGCUUGCACAUGGAGCGCCAGUAAAAGUAAAGAACUUAGCUGGAUGGAGUUCACUUGCCGAAGCAAUUAGUUAUGGAGAUAGACAAACCAUAUCGUUAUUACUACGUAAACUAAAACAACAAGCGAGAGAGCAAAUGGAAGAAAGAAGACCAAAUUUAGUUGCAACACUACGCCAAAUGGGUGAUUUUUACAUGGAAUUAAGAUGGGACUUUCAAAGCUGGGUUCCACUUGUUUCUCGAGUACUUCCAUGUGAUAUUUGCAAGAUACAUAAAUGUGGGGCAUCUAUUAGAAUGGAUACUACUUUAGUAGAUUUUAAUAAUAUGAGAUGGGAAAGAGGUGAUAUAUCAUUUAUUUUUAAUGGUGACCAGAAACCAAGCAAAUCAUUAACAAUACUAGACAACAAAGCUAAACUUUUCCAAAGAGUGAGAUACGAGGAAUCAGAUGUGGACAUAGAAGAUGAAGUAGACGUUCUUAUGUCAAGCGAUAUUAUGGCAGCACAAAUGUCAACGAAAGGCAUAACAUUUUCAAGGACUCAGACAGGCUGGAUAUUUCGUGAGGAUAAAAGGGAGAUGGUAGGACCUUUCCACGCGGACUUUUAUCAAAUCAAUGGAAUGGUUUUGGUAAGUAGGAAACGACGGGAACAUUUAAGCGAAGAAGAUUUGCAAAAAAAUAAGGCUAUUAUGGAAUCUUUAACGAAAGGAAAUUCAGCAGGAUUUACAAAUGGAGAGCCCCAUGUAAGAAGAGCUUCUUUAAAUCCACCGCCAGAAUCAAAUAUUACUUGGGAAGAAUAUAUUACAGCUCCACCCGGUGAAUGUCCACUCCUAGGAAGAAGUUUGGUGUAUAAAGAAAAUAGAAAAUCAUUCAAAGCUACAGUUGCUAUGAGUCCAGACUUUCCAUUGACAGUAGCUAUGUUACUCAAUGUCUUGGAAGUAAUCGCGCCUUUCAAGCACUUUAGCAAGUUACGACAAUUUGUCCUUAUGAAAUUACCACCUGGAUUUCCUGUAAAAGUUGAUAUACCCAUUUUACCUACAGUGACAGCUAAAGUCACAUUUCAGGAGUUCGCCUUUCUUCAUGAUGUAGAUCCACAAUUGUUUCAAAUACCAUCAGACUAUUUUGAAGAUCCAAUGAGAUUUCCAGAUUUAUGACAGCUUCAUGUACCGAAGUCAAUCCAAGUCAAUUAUGAAAGUAAACAGAAAACUGUUUCUCCACUACAACAUUAUUCAGCUUUUACAUUUUCUUGGACAUACUGUUGCCAGAAUGGUCUUUCAAACAGUUGCACAGUACUCUAUAAAGAAAGAUCACUUUGAGUACUAAACGUAGCAAGUACUUUUAAACUACUGAACUGCAAAGUUUACGGUAGUUUAAAGGGUGGUAUACUUAUUCUACUUACAAAGUUGUGUGCUAAAUCCUGAAGAAAAGAAAACAACUUAAUAAAUCUGUGCACGUGAAUACAAACAUUAUUCCACUUAGUGCAUAAAAAUUACUAUGUCGAACACCUCGCUUUACUUUAUCCAGCUUCAGUUCUGAACUUUCCUAUUUUGCAUUUAGCGAUUACUAUUUGAAAAGUAUUUUGUUAGCGAGAUGAAAAUAUUUGCGGAAUUUAUUUAUAAGCAAAGAACAAUCUUUAUCCCCUUUAUAGAGGAUAUCUUUAACUAGUAAAAAAACAUAUGGAAGGCAUCCAUUACGAAUAAAAUCUUUUUUAAAAUAAUGACCGAAUGGUGCCUCCUGUUCUAAUGUAUCAAUAUGUACCAUCAACACAAAUAUGAUUCAUAAGAUUUAGUGAUACAAUUCA